AUGGCUACUAAGCUUGCAGCUCUUGGCUUUGUUGUCCUCCUAAGCAUUGGGUUCACCAAUGCUUCGAGGAUGCUCGCUAGCUCAUCCAGUGCAUCCGGAGGAGGAGGUGGGGGAGGCGGUGGAGGCGGUAGUGAUGGUGGGAGUGGUUGGGGCUCAGGAGGUGGAAAAGGUGGUGGCUCGGGAUAUGGUGAAACCUAUACAUAUGGCGGUAGACAACAAAACUAUGCCCAGGGAGCUGGUGGGGGAGGAGGAGAAGGCACCGGUGGUGGUUCAAAGGGUGGAGCCGGAUCUGGUUCCGGGUCUGGCUUUGGAUCCGGCACUGGUGCGAGUGGUUCAGCAUCAGCCCCUACCGGGAAUGGGUAUGCCAAUGCUAAUGGUAAUGGUGGUGGUGAAGGCCAAGGUGCUGGUGCCGAUGGGACUAGCGGAAAAGGGUCUGGGGAGGGCGGCGGUCAAGGAAGUGGUGAGAGUGGUGUAGCACUAGCACCGGCUCCUGCUGCUGGUGGUGUCGGCUACUCGAUGCUGGUGGCGGUGGUACUGGUGGUGGCGGCGGAGACAAUGGAAAUGGAGGUGGCAAAGGAGCUGGAGUUGGGCAGGCUGCCAGCCGACGACACUUCGGAGGUAGCGCUAGUGGACAGGGGUAGUGGCGACGGUGGUGGGAUUGUUAAGGGUGUCGCUCAAGGUCCAAGUGUCGGUGUUGGGAGUGGUUCUGGCUCCGGAGGUGGACAGACGGGAAGCUCUGGUACUUCUGGUUCAGGCUAUGCAACCGGAGAAGGAGCUGGCGGUGGUGGUGGCGCGGGUGCCGACCCGUCCCAAACCUUGAGGCCCUGUAUUCAGGAUUUGUAUCUUUGUGCGGGCAAGAGUGUAAAAUAUCUUUGGUUGCUUUUGACACUCUUCGUAUGGGAAGGCGUCAGGAAUCAGACGGAGGGGGCACUACCUGCUUCAUUCCUCUACCUGCCUCUUGCCGGGAGACUCUGUGCAUCGAAUGAGAGGCCUGAAUGA